AAUAUUUUCCGUGUCCCCGCCUGCGGAGUCAGUGUGCGGUUUGGGAGAAAAUGUGUCGGAUAUUUUGGGGCGGUCACGUGGGCGGGCAGGCUCUAAGAGGCCCCGGGACAGUCCUAGCCUAGAACCGGUGGGUCCCCCCAUCCCCCCGUGACCACGAACCCCCAUUGUAGCGCCGGCCCAUCACCAAGACCGUCCAAUUCUGGGACCUCCGGGCUUCGAAGCUUCCCCUGCCCCCUCCCCCUCCAGUCACAGCUAAUCCCCUCAGCCUUGCCCAGUAUGUAGGAGGGAGUGUUACAGGCAGCCAGAGGGACCCUUGGAGCCCUGGUGGUUGGGCUGGACAGGGUGGGCACGGAGCCUCCCGGGCCCAGGCGUCGGGCAUGGGCGGGGGGUGUGGCUGAGGGUCCCCCCCGCCCAUUGCAGACCCUAGAGGGCUCAGCCACCCAUGCCACCGCCAUGGCUGCCAAUAAGGAUCGUCUGUUUGUCCCCAGUGCCCUGGGACCUGGGGCUGGUUUCCCUGGGACGACAAGCUUCCCCUUCGCCUUCUCUGGGGGACUUCGGGGAUCCCCCCCUUUUGAGAUGCUGAGUCCUGGCUUCCGGGGCCUGGGCCAGCCUGACCUUCCCAAGGAGAUGGCCUCUCUGUGCCUGUCUCCUCGAACCCCCCUGCUUUGUGGAUUGGCUGGCACUGUCCCUUGCCGGCUUGGCCCCACCCGGGGCCCUUUCGCAAGAGAGGAAAUGAGGCAGCUCUCUGAGGGCAAGGACGGCGUCAGUGCCCGAGCGGUGGAGACCCAGAGCACCAGCUCGGAGGAAAUGGUGCCCAGCUCGCCCUCGCCCCCUCCGCCGCCCCGAGUCUACAAGCCGUGCUUCGUGUGCAAUGACAAGUCGUCGGGCUAUCACUACGGGGUCAGCUCCUGCGAGGGCUGUAAGGGCUUCUUUCGCAGAAGCAUCCAAAAGAACAUGGUGUACACGUGUCACCGGGACAAGAACUGCAUCAUCAACAAGGUGACCCGAAACAGGUGCCAGUACUGCCGGCUGCAGAAGUGUUUUGAAGUCGGGAUGUCCAAGGAAGCUGUCCGCAAUGACCGGAACAAGAAGAAGAAGGAGGUGAAGGAGGAGGGUCCUCCGGACAGCUACGAGCUGAGCCCCCAGCUGGAGGAGCUGAUCGCCAAGGUCAGCAAAGCCCACCAGGAGACCUUCCCCUCUCUGUGCCAGCUGGGCAAGUAUACGACGAACUCGAGCGCUGACCACCGCGUGCAGCUGGACCUGGGGCUGUGGGACAAAUUCAGCGAGCUGGCCACCAAGUGCAUCAUCAAGAUCGUGGAGUUUGCCAAGCGGCUGCCGGGCUUCACGGGGCUCAGCAUCGCCGACCAGAUCACCCUCCUCAAGGCGGCCUGCCUGGACAUCCUGAUGCUCCGGAUCUGCACCCGGUACACCCCGGAGCAGGACACAAUGACCUUCUCCGACGGACUGACCCUGAACCGGACGCAGAUGCACAACGCCGGGUUCGGGCCUCUCACGGACCUGGUCUUUGCCUUCGCCGGGCAGCUGCUGCCUCUCGAGAUGGACGACACAGAGACCGGACUGCUCAGUGCCAUCUGCCUCAUCUGCGGAGACCGGAUGGACCUCGAGGAGCCCGAGAAGGUGGACAAGCUGCAGGAGCCGCUGCUGGAGGCCCUGAGGCUGUACGCGCGGCGGCGGCGGCCCAGCCAGCCCUACAUGUUCCCCAGAAUGCUCAUGAAGAUCACGGACCUCCGGGGCAUCAGCACCAAGGGAGCGGAGCGGGCGAUCACUCUGAAGAUGGAGAUCCCCGGCCCCAUGCCCCCCCUGAUCCGGGAGAUGCUGGAGAACCCCGAGAUGUUCGAGGACGACUCCUCGCAGCCCGGCCCCCGCGCGGAGCCCCCCAGCGAGGACGAGGGCCUGGGGGGCGGCGGGGACGGGGACCUCAGCCCCCAGCCCGACCCGGAUCCCUGAUGGGCGGCCACAGACUGACCCCCGUGACUGGGAGAGGACCAUCGCUGCCCUCUCCGCUCCCACCCCACCAGCACCAGUUUAUGCUCCUUGUUUUUGCCAAAGUUUCCUGGGCUCUGUGUCCAUCCUUCCCUCCCCAGGUCCCACCUGGGCUUCCUCCUCCUGCCCCUGCCUGGCUCCCUCCCCCCAGCCAGAGCGGACUCGGGGUCCCCUGGGAGGGAGGAGGGGGACCCUCUGUUGGUGCUGAGUCGGCGAAGACCUUGUCUCCCAUCCCAGCCCUCCCCUGCCAGGUGCUUCAACCUCCAGAAUAAUUAGGAACACUAGAGACCAAAGGGGGGCCCGGGGAGCUGGGACCGCCGUGCAAUGUCCCCUGCCUGACACAUACUGCCCUCUGCCCCCCCUCGUGUGCCAGGCUCAGGGUGAGGGGCAGCGAAGGGGGCCGCAGAUGCAGGCCCGUUCUGUACCUCUUUGCUGACGGCCCCAGUGUGGGCUCCCCCUUUCCCCAGGCUUCCCCCCAAAAAGGGGAAGUGGCCUCCGUUAAGAAUCCCCCACCCUACCAUGUGCCUUGGGUGUCCUCCGCCCCCCAUCUCAGCCGUCGGGGCGGAACCCUUCUACACUACAGAGGGGCCUGGGGAGCCCCUCCCUGUCCACCCCUAGUGCCUUCCCCCCACAGUACCCCAGAGCAGCUCAGCCCAGGGAGGGGAGGGCUGCUUAGCUGAUCCCUACCCAACCCAGAGGAAGCCUCUUAUUUAUUUAUUAGCUUUUGUUUACACCCUGGAAUUACCCCCCAUUCCCCUGGGGGUUCUGGGGGUGGAGCCCAGGGCCCCUUCUGAUCCCCAACUCCUGGUUUGUAUUUAGCUGCCAAAUAAAAUUCCCACUGGCCCCCCUUUUUCUCUGGGGGGGCUGGGUGCUGUCCCCUCCCCCCCUUUGUUUACAACCCCCUUCCCUCCCGCUGUAUCGCAUAUUGCUGAGUUUUCUAUUUUUGCAAAAUAAAGUGAUGGAAACUCA